ACGACCGAGGGCGCUCAACAGCCCGGCACAGCUUCCUCAUUCUUUACCGUUCCUCCCCCUAUCAAGAAGUUGUUCGACAAGUUCCCCUUGGCCACGUAUCCGUCCAACGAUCUGCCACAACGAUCUCCGUCUCGCCGACAAGGAAACCAGCUGUUUGUAUUCACCGACGCAGCUGGUGCGCGCAAUGGCCGGCCUUCAUUUAACCCGCAGUGCCUGAAAUGGCAGGCGUAUCUCAAAUUCGUCGGAAUCAACUUCGAAACCACCCCUUCCAACAACCACGCGUCGCCGACUGGCGCUCUCCCCUUCUUGAUCCCAUCGCAGCCAAUCGAAACAGCGAACGCCAUUCCCUCCCAUAAAUUGCAAAAAUGGGCAAUUGAACAAGUCCAUUGCGAGGAGGAACAGCAGCUAAACCUGCGCUUCGAAGUGUACGCAUCCCUGUUAGACACCAGGGUGCGCACUGCAUGGUUAUAUAUGCUGUAUCUUGACAGCCAGAACUUCGAGGCCGUGGCGCGCCGACUGUACGUGGACCCGGCCACCUCAAACACUCUCGUACGAACUGCACUUGGACUGCAACUACAACAAGCAGCUCGCGACGAGCUUCUCAAGACCUCAAAGUACAUCGACGUGGCGGAACUCGAGGGCGACGCCGGAAACGCAUUCGAGGCGCUAUCUUCCUUAUUAGGAGACGAUGACCAUUUCUUUGGAAGGCCGAACCCUGGACUCUUCGACGCGAGUGUUUUCGCCUACACUCAUCUCAUCUUGGACGAUAGUCUGGGUUGGAAGCAAAACCGUCUAGCACAGCUCCUCCGCGAGCACCAAAAUCUUGUACAACACCGGGAAAAACUACUGGGAUUUUUCGCGUGA